AAAAACCAAUAUUACAAACAAAAUACACUUACUCUCUUUCUCUUUCUGUCUGUUUCUCAUCCAUUGUUUCAGGCUUUUGGUCUUGUCCUAUUCCGAUGAUCUACUUCUCUUGCAAAAUAAGGAGAGCAAGAGAAAAGUCCAAAAACUCCCCCAAAAAAUGAAAAAUAAAAAGAACAGGAUGAAACGAAUUGAAGAAACGCCCCUGAUUCCUCUCUUGACAACUGUUUCUCUUAAUACCCUUUUAAUCUCAAAAACCCAAUUUUUUAUCGCUCUUCGUUUCAUCAUCUCAGCUUUCUUUUUCAGAUGCUUAAUUUUGCAUACUUAGACAGUUGAGAUCCUGCUUCUUCAAAUUGCGUUUUGUUGAUUUUGUAAUUUGAGGCUUGAACAAGUGACAUUUUGAUCUCCGGUUCCCGCAAUCCCAGCAUUUUAUUCCUUUUGAUCUGCUUGAAUUGCUUCUAAGCAUUUAGUGCAAUAGUCUGAAUGUUCUUGCCAAAAGAUCUUGAAUUCUUCCCUGUUUGCGAGUCGAAGCUAAGUCUUGAAUAUCGAGCACAUUAUAUGUGUGGCUGGGGCUUUCGCUUGCUGAAAUAUGUGAUACACCAAAUGCAACUGGUCAAUCCUAUAUUACCUGGGAAAGCUAAAGACUUCAGGAGUUUCAGAAAUUAUUUUAUUUCAACUACUGGCCUGUGCUUGUGUAUCCCUUUUGUAUUUUGACCUAAGAAGCACGCAGAUUGAACAGGCAUUUGUUUUGGAAAUUUGGAAUAAUAUUUAGCAUAUCUGACAUAUUUCUAGGUAGAUAUUGUCCCUGAUGCAAGGUCAGGGGGGCACCAUUGAUACCUUCCCUGAAACUGUUAACAUUGAUGAGGGAUCUAGUCCGAAUAACACCACUAUCAGUCAACCGAAUUCUUUGCCUAACAUGCUGAAUCCUGCGGAAACUCAGUUAUCCAGUUAUACAGUAUCUUCUGGUGGGACAAUGCAUGGAAAUGCUAUUAUUCCCGAUAUUCAGAGCUUCAGUGGCUGGAGUUCUGGUGAACGGAGCUCAAGAUUGAGACUGCAAAACCAGGUGAUGCAGGGUGUUCUAAAUCACCAUCUUAAUGAUGAUGGGACAAAAAUGGAAUGCAGUUGGUCUUCUUCUCACGGUGCUCGUGUUGGGGUUGCUCCAAGGUCAGAAGAAAUGCGGAUCGAACCACCGAAUGUCUUUUUUCCUGGGAGACUGAAUAAUGGACAGAGUGGCAAUCAGGUAAGAAGUGGGCCCAUAUAUAUGCAGGGUUCCAGCUCUAAUCGUGUCCUGCAGAAUGUGAAUCUAAAUGAAGGAUUUAUUAGCAGUAGUGGUACCAGGGGUUUAGGUGUGGGAAUUGGUGGAGGUCCUAAUCUCCACAACUCAGGUGGACUAGAAAGAGAACAGAUAUCUAAUGCAAUUGUUUCUUCUGAUAAUAUUGGUAGUUCAUCUGGAAGCUCUAAUUAUGUGGGGGACAAAACUAAUGAUGGUUCAGGCUCCUCUUUGGGCAGUUGUGGUUUAUCCUGCAAGAGGAAGGCCCUUGAAGGUACUUCUGGACAGUCUUAUUCUGCUGGUACUUCAAGCUGUUUUCAACGAAUUGAAAAUGCGGCGUGGCAUGAUGGUCCUGCUGGUAAUGAUGCUUCCAGCAGCUUGAGUUUAUCUACACCCUCUCGGAAUUUUCUUAAUGUAAGUCAUCCUGAUCAGCUGAAUCCAAGAGUUGUGCUUGGUUUGAGAGGGGUUGUUCGUGAUGCAUUUCCUUCUUCAAGUGUAAGAAGAGGAAAUCCGGGAAACCAACAAGAAUCUUUACCAUUUAGUUUAUCAUCAACAACAGUUACCGGGCAUUCGAAUUUUGGCUCUCCUAGUCACCCUAGAGUUGCCCCAUUUAGUGAUCGUUUAGACUUGAGAUCAACAGCAGCAAUAGCAGGAAAUUCCGGUUCUCCCUCGACUCAACCUCAUAUGAGGACUACUCCCGUUGUGCCUAGAAAUGUGCAUCCUUUCCCUUGGAAUGGUUCUUCCAAUUCAAGAGUUGGCAACCCAUCAAGUUCUGUUAAUUCUGGAGAGAGAGCUGCUGCAUUAUGGGAGGAACCAAACAUAAGAAAUAUUCCAACAAACAAUACAGAGCAUCCCAUGUUUGUACCAGCAACUGAGAUGCGAAAUGUGGCACAAGAUCCUACAGGUUGGAGUUUGGCUUCUGGAAAUGUUAGCACUUCUGGAGGAAUUCCAUCUAAUCGACCAGGGCCUAGUUCAAGCAUCCAUCCUUUGCCCGCUUCUGCCUGGAUUCCUCCUCACAACCCUCCAAUACAUAAUCAACAAAGACUAUCCGAAUUUGCUCCUUGGUCUUUAUUUCCUCCAAUUGAUUCUGAAUCUGGCGGUCACAGUGGCCAUUUUCCACCAUUUUCUUCAGGCCCUUCCACUUCCCCACAAGAGACGGUGGUGCCAUCUGGAUCUAACCGCCAAGGGAAUAAUCUACCAUACCCAAGGUCAGCAUUCAUAUUGGAAAGACAUGGUGAUGAUGUUCUUAGGAUGGCCCACUCAUUGCGAGCAUUGGCUGCUGAUAUUGAAGGGAGACACCGGCUAAUAUCUGAGAUUCACCAAGUCUUGAAUGCCAUGCAUAGGGGGGAGAACUUACGCAUUGAGGAUUAUAUGCUGUUUGAUCCAUUGAUAUAUCAUGGAAUGGCUGAGAUGCAUGACAGACAUAGAGAUAUGCGUCUUGAUGUUGAUAACAUGUCUUAUGAGGAAUUGUUGGCAUUAGAAGAACGCAUAGGAGAUGUGAGCACUGGACUGAGCGAGGAAAUGAUUCUGAAGUUGAUGGAACGGCAGAAGCAUUCGACCACUGCAACAGAAUCCCCAACGGAAUUGGAACCAUGUUGUAUCUGUCAGGAAGAAUAUGCAGAUGGGGAUGACACUGGGACACUAGAUUGUGGACAUGACUUCCACACUAACUGCAUCAAACAGUGGUUAAUGCUAAAGAACCUAUGUCCUAUUUGUAAGACAACAGGCUUGCUUAAAUGA